AUGUCGAUGCGGGUGUGGGGACUAGCGGUGGCGCUGGUGGCGAUGCAGUUGGCCGAAGCGUUUCAGCUCACAGGAUACUCGGCAUGCAGACCUCUGCUGCCAGCUGCGUCCUGUUCUUUCCUCCGUAGCCGCGCUCUUUGUGCUGGUUUAUCUCCAUCGACAGGUAGAGGCCGGAUCCAGAACCAGGGGAAUGUGAGGACGACUUUGAGGAUGGCGGGAGCUGUGGAGGCGGUUGAUGCCGAAACAUUUGAGGUCAUCAUUCAGGAAGAAACGAAACCUCUGGUGGUUGAUUUCUAUGCUGAAUGGUGCGGCCCUUGUCGGUUGGUUGCCCCUCAGCUGGAGGAAGUAGCACAAACCAUGAAAGAUCAAGUGAGAUUCCUCAAGAUCAACACGGACGAGAAUGAGAGACUCGCAACUCUCAUGCAGGUGUACGCGCUGCCAACUCUUCUUCUGAUCAAGGAUGGGGCUGUUGUCCAACGAGCUGAAGGUGCAAUGAUGGCGAACCAAAUACGGGAUCUCGUAAAGACUUCAUUCUUUUGA